ACAGUUGGGCGAAACGAGACCUUGGACACGCAAAACAGUCCAACAGUGACAUCACAAGUCCUGACCAGCCGACCUCGUAGCCUACACUGCGAUGGACAACAGCUCUAAAUCUCCAUCAGGUUUAUAGAGUUAGGCUAUCACAGACGAAUGUGACAUCAAUUUUGAUAGCCUUUUAUUCCAAUGUUUGCAAAGCCUUGAGUGGCUUAUUGUAAAGGAUUUAUACAAAGACAACACUUCUACGGUCCUAAACUUGGGUUAAUGACGAAGACGAGGCAAGACGCAAAUUCUUCGCCGUGCGCGCGACCGAACAAGCGCAGAAGUGGACAAGCGAUGGGCGAUGGAGAAGGAGACUCCUGCGCGCAACCAGAUCAAGUGCACGGGCGGCUGGUUGGAGAGCAGCACGCGGCACUUCACGGUUUCGGGCAACCCCAAACAAACGAGGAGUCGCAGCCAGCAGAACUUCAAGAUGCACAGCCAAGCAAGCCUGUCACCAAGACCAGGGUAGGAACUGCAACCCUCCGGCGCACCCCGAGUGGAGGCAAAGAUAUGAAACCGGAGAAGGGAAAAGUGUCCGGGAAAGUCAAGCAAACGAGCAGUGGCAGCCAAAAGAGUCGGAAUAAAUCGUCGGGCCGGAGAAAAUUGUCUGACGCUAGCAACACCUCUGACGAUCUGAGCAAAGACUCCGGAUGCGCCACUGGAAAGCUUUCAUCCGCAAACAGCAGCUCGGAGAUGUCGGACUGCACCUCCGAGGAAAAUAAACUUUCCACAGACAGCGACAUCGAGUCUAAUAGCCGGGAUGGGUUUACUGAUGGAGACAGGACUGGCCUGGGGGACAGUGUCUCGGACAUCAGAAGUGAAGACACAAACAUCAUCAGUUCAUCAGGGGCCAAUAACACUUUGGCACCUGGCAGUGGAAUUGGCGAGGGUAGCAUCUCUCCUGCAGACGAGCGGUCCUUCGCCUCACUUGACAGUCGACUGAAUUUUAGCUCCUCGGUGGCAUUUUCUGACCUGACAGGAGAGUUUGUUGAUGGAAUGCAUGAUGAACUCCUCCGAGAGAUCGAAGAUUUAAGAUCAGAAAACGAAUAUUUAAAAGAUGAGAUGGAGGAGCUGCGCUCAGAGAUGCUGGAGAUGCGUGACCUGUUCCUGGAGGAGGAUGUGUACCAGCUGCAGGACCUGCGGCAGCAGCUGGACCAGGCCAACAAGACCUGCCGCAUCCUGCAGUACCGGCUGCGCAAGGCCGAGCGACGCAGCCUGCGUGUGGCCCAAACUGGACAGGUGGAUGGGGAGCUCAUCCGAGCACUGGAGCAUGAUGUCAGGGUGGCGAAGAGUGUGUCCCUGCGCUUGCACGGCGAGCUGGAGUCUGUGCAGAAGAAGAAGGCGCAGCUGGAGUGGGAGAACGAGGAGCUGCGUGAACGCAUGCAGGACCUGGAGGUAGCCAAUCAGGUCCUGCACACCGAGAUGGACAAGACCCGAGAGAACUCUCUGAGGAGGAGGAGCUUGAGGUCAACAUCCGGCAAGGCUGAAAAGAAGCUUUCCCCACAGGAUGACAGUGCUGAUAUAAAGUGCCAGCUGCAUUUUGCCAAAGAGGAGUCCGCGCUCAUGUGCAAGAAGCUGACCAAGAUGGUCACCGAGAACGAGACCAUGCGGGAGGAGCUGGCCAAGUACCGGCUGCUUUACGGCGACGUCGACAGCACCCAGGUGUCCGACAGCAUGGCCAACUCGCCUCUGGCCCGCGAGGCCGAGGUCAAAGUUCACCUGCGGCUGGUGGAGGAGGAGGCGACCCUGCUGAGCCGGAGGAUUGUGGAGCUGGAGGUGGAGAACCGCGGACUACGGGCAGAGAUGAGCGAAGGGGGAGAGGAGGAAGAGGAGUCAAUGGAGGGGGCACGAGAGAGUCUCGCUGUGCCAGUCUGUGUGGACGGAGCUGAGGUGGUUGAAACGCAGUCUCCUGCCAGUGUGAAGGACACAUUGGUCACUACACAAAUACAAACGGAAGAAAGAGGGCACUUCCCUGAAGAGCAGGAGAAGGUCAAGAGGAAUGGCGCUGACCUUUUGACCUCUUACACAGACUUCGGCCGGAAAGACCUGAAGACUCUUCUAGCCCUUCGUGAUCAGGCUCUGCUGGUCAGUUCUGCCAUUGACCUGCUGAGAGCUGCUCCGACCAAAAACGGCAUUUCGCCAUGCUCCAACCAGAAAACCCCACCGUUGUCCCCUUACCUGGCCAAGCCGGAAGCUGACCACCACUCGCCCAACGCUCUCCCCCUCCCUCACCCUCGGCCCCGGGACCUACCCAUCCUAAGCCCCCACUCCGGCGAGUUGGACCUAUUACAGUUUCAGCUGCAAGCUCUCCUCGAGCGUAUGAAGAGUUUAGUAGACACAGCAGACAGCAGGAAGACCCACAGCUGGGGACCCGGCUCAUGUGACCUGGUACCUCCUCCUCCUCCCGAGGAGCCCACGGAGGAGCAGAAGGAGGCCCUGGUGCUGAAGGUGGACCUGUCCCCCGGGUGCCCAUGUGACCAGGAGACCCUGGUGCUCCUCACCUUGCAGCUACGCUGGUUCCUGCAGCAGUGGCGACAGGGGGAAGAAGCCAAGAACCUCUUUGAGGUGGGCUGCCAGAAGACACUGCGUCUCCUGAUGGAGGGCGAGGAGGUGUCCGACUCGGAGGAUCCCAGUAAGAUGAGCCCCACAGCCUCAAAGAUCUUCCCCAAACUGGUGGACAGUGCUGAGGACAUGGUUCUGGCGGACCUCAAGGCGGCCAUGCUGGACCUGAGCUCUGAGCUGCAGGAGGAGCGGCGGUCAGGGCUCGAGAUGGCCCAGCAGUUCGCCUGCGCCAAAGCAGCCUGGGCCGUGGAGAGGAGCGAGCUCAGGAGCCUCGUCAGCAGGCUGGAGGGCUCCGCCAGCAAGGCCUCGAUGAAGAACCUACCAGACCUGAAGGUGGCGCUGCAGCGGGACCACGUAGAGAAGCUACAGCACCUGCUGGCUGGUCUUGAGGCGCAACUGGAGCCUCUUGAAGCAGGGGAGCUGCUGGAGUACCUGCACCAGCUGCAGUUGGAGCAGCAGAGCAGCGACGCCAGCAGCCAGGCCAAGACGGCCGAGUCUUCUGGUGGCAAGAUGGCUGAGAAUGGAAGACCCUAUGGGACAGAGAGGAUUAAACACAAGCGAGCACAGCCUGAUGUCUCUGAUAAAAACUGGGUCUACCUCAGCCAGGAGGCGGCGUUGCUGGACCAGCCUGACGCCUAUAAGACCUGGGACUUCCCAGUCAUGCCGUCCAGGUUCCCCGGGCUGGACCUCCAGCAGGAGUCGGCCCAGAGGAGCCACACGGCCCCGGAGAAGACCUCACUGCGGAUCUACUACAGCCCGCCGUCCGCCCGCAGGGUCCACCUCUCCAAGCUGACCUGGGACAAAGAGGACACGUACGCGGAGGGGAAGACAAGGGAGAAGCAGAGUGGAGCCUUUCUGCCCAGAGCGGUGAGGUGCAGAGGAGGAGAUGAGGGCAAUGGGGCUUUGAGCUACCAGGGCGGGCUGCCGCUGGAGUUCCAUGACUUGCUGGAGUGCGGUGGUAGUGGUGGCGGUGGUGGUGGUGGCGCCAGUAGUCCCACGGGGGGCGCUAGCAGGCUGCCCUGUGGCUUCCAGCCUCCCGCUGGCGUCCCGUCCGCCUCGUUCCUACCCUUCGGGCCCCUGCAGGCGUCGGCCAACCUGAGCGACGACAUGAAGGAGAUGACGGCCGUCGUGCGUGGGGCGAGCCGGGGCAACUCCCUGGAGAGGGGGCGGGGUCUGAUGAAGGACGCCUGGAGCCAGACUCAGGCUGCGUCCCAGGCUCAGAGCCGACCGCUGCCGCAUGCCCACACGGUCAGUACGGGCAUGCAGACGGACGGGAUCCGUGGUCUCUCGGCCGGGAAGUACUGGUCCCCCCGUGGCACCACGGCCUCGCUGGUGUCCCCGCGUGCCCAGCAGAUGUCCUCGUCCCUGGAGCGUGUCGGUGGGCGGGCGGAGAAGCCUCCCUCGUGCUCCACCUCGCCAAAGCUCUACCGCCGCCACUCGGCAUCGUCACCGUUCUCCUCAUCUUCAUCCCCCUCUUCCUCACCUUCCUCGUCAUUCCCCUCGUCCUCGCUCUCCUCUUCCUCGUCCCUCACCAACCCGUCCCGGCUAGAGGCUCCUAAGGAGCGCGGGCUAUGGGGUCUGUCCCAGAGGGGGUCCGUAGGUUCCGCCUGGGCCCGUUCCACCACCAGCAGAACCGGUUCUGUAACUGCGGCAAGCGCAGACAAAUCGGCCGGCCGCAAGCCUGUGGGGAUCCACCGCUACGGCCUGGUCCAGGAGUUCCUGCGCAACGUGUGUGGUCGGGGGGACAAGCUUCCAACCGGGGCAGCUGAGAAGGCCGGAGCACCCACGGUGCGGAGGGACAGUAUCGGCCCGGCGGGGCAGAAGAAGGCUGAGCGGCCGGCCUCACGGGUUCCACUGGUCAGGAGCGACAGUGUGACAAAGAUUGUGAACCGGAGGUUCAUGAAGCAGGGGCAGAAAGAUGAGACGGGCCAGACUCAGACUCAGACCCAGGGCCAGAACCAGGCCAGCAAAAUGCCCGUCAACAAAGACAAGAACCCUGGCACUGCCACGCUAGAGCGGGAUGGCUCCUGUGACUGCAGCUCUCGUUCUCUGACUUCCUGCUUCGCUCGGCCCUCCCGCUCCAACCUCCACCACACCCACGCCCACUGCAGGCUCCGCCCACACGACUGCCCCACAGCAGCUGCAGUGAAGAGCGGCGCUGCCCCUUAGCAACGAGGUGCUCCCGUGGUCAUUCUUCUCCCCCCCUGGUGUGUUAACCCUCAACACCAACCCCUUCACCCUGCAACCACACACACACACACUCACACACACACAUACACAGCUGACAGCAUUCCCACAGGUCCUGAGAAACCCAAGCCAGGCCAAUCUUUAAGGAUGGGUGGAAAGACACUGAACAGAUGAAUCGUGUCGAGUUCUGCUGUACAGGGCCUAUGCAAUUCGAUUACCUACAACAGCUGGAUUUGGCCGGGGGGUUGUUGAAUAAUGCUCACACACACAUGUGUUUGUUUGUGAGGACUUUGGACCAUACAAGGACAAAUCACUUUUAUUGGGUAGGCUCCAGUCAGAUAUACACAUGCAUAUAUAUUAAAUAUCAUGUUAUGAAUGUUUUAUGUACAUAUUAAUCAUCAUAGUCAUUUUUUUUCCUUUAAUGAUAAUUAUCCAUCAUGUCUAUUAUAUGUUAUUAUAUACUGCAGAGGUGACAGUGACGAUAUGAAUCAAAUAAGGCACAAUUGUGGCAUGUGCUGUGCUUAGUUGCAUUGUAACACAUUAUUUCAGUAGAUGCCUUAAUGUAAAAACCCUUUACAUCAACGUAUACAUGAAACAGAUAGAAGGACAGAGGAAAAGUGGCAGACCAGUUGUUUUUUUCUGUAUGAAUAUUUUUUUUAUGUUAGGUUUUAGGUUUAAUACUGUAUUUAUAAGUAAAUAUGCAGUCAGGUACUAUACCCCAUCCUAAAGGAGAUCGUCAGCAUCGUCACCUGAUAUAUCUGAUGCACUGUGUCUAAUCAGAUUACUGUAGUCAUUGCUGUAAGCACACUUUAUUAAGUUGACUUGGGAGUAGAGUGUAUGUUGACAUGUGUAAGU